AAGGUAGAGUUGGACCUCAUGCCUGAACCGGCUAAAUCCGCUCCUGCGCCCAAGAAGGGCUCCAAGAAAGCCAUCACCAAGACCCAGAAGAAAGGGGACAAGAAGCGCAAGAAGAGCCGCAAGGAGAGCUACUCUAUCUACGUCUACAAGGUGCUGAAGCAGGUCCAUCCCGACACCGGCAUCUCCUCCAAGGCCAUGAGCAUCAUGAACUCCUUCGUCAACGACAUCUUUGAGCGCAUCGCGGCUGAGGCUUCCCGCCUGGCUCACUACAACAAGCGCUCCACCAUCACCUCCCGGGAGAUCCAGACGGCCGUCCGCCUCCUGCUGCCCGGAGAGCUGGCCAAGCACGCCGUCUCCGAGGGCACCAAGGCCGUCACCAAAUAUACCAGCUCCAAGUAA